AUGGGUGCUAGCAAGACAGUGCCGUCCUCGCUAAAGGAAUUUCUCGAGAAUGGCAUUGAGACGGUAGUAUGCAGUAUCUGCACUGAGCCAUUCGAUGAGAAACAUGUCGUCGUUGAAAUCAAAGAUUGUGGUCACCAAUUCGGGCAGAUAUGUUUGGAGAAGUGGCUGGAACAGAACAAGACUCAAGGCACAUGUCCAAUGUGCCGCGAUGUGCUGUUCAGCGUUCCGAGGCCGAAGCACAAAUUGAUCACAAUAGCACCGGUUUCUCCGACACGGUUCUGCGAAUACUAUAACCAGGUCGACAAUGUGGUGGCUUCCGCUCAUAGCGGGUUCUUAGCGAGGCUUUGGUCCAAUCUAUAUCGCAUGUAUGCGGACGGGGAAGUCCAUCUAUCUAGAGCUACUAUGCAAGCGUUUGAUAGCCUAUCAGGGCCGGAGCAUGACGCCCUUUACCCCUACAUACGCCGUAUACGACGCCUCGGGAUCUCUCGCACUUGGGGUACUUGCAUCGUUACGAGCCUUAUACAUACCCUAAUCCAUUUCACGGCGUGCUGCGAUAGCGAUUUCCGCCCCUCGAACGCCGUAUGGCGAGCCUUCCUCCUCUUCCACGCCGAAGCUGGGAAUGCACUCCUCGAUUGGGGCGAUAUUCGCGACGCGGCUUGGCGCUUACAACAGUGUCAUACUGAUGGUCGCGCUACCGGCAACCAGUGGCAGGUGUUGUAUCUCUUCCUUUACCUCAUGGCCAUUCAUCGAGCUCAAAAGUGUGGGACCACACCCAUCUAUAAGAUCAAAGACAUUCGCGACCUCCUCACCGUGCUGAACUGUGAACGAUCUUCUUCGGUAGCCCAAACUCGAGACACGAACACUAGACUUUUUCUUUCCGCUGCAGGACACGUCCUUGACCGAAGCAAGAUCGACGCAGAGUUUGGCAAGGAUGACCGUAGCCGGCGACUAUUGAGCCACACUACAGACCUCGCUCAGUUGAAGAAAGAUGUUGAGGGCCUCUGGCUGGAGGGACUGGCAAUAGGUACAGCUGAAAUCGCGGCUGGAUUUCCUGACAACUGGUGGUCUGGACCCUAAGCACAAUUUUGCUAGUCGAAUGCAGUUCGAGCUUCUAGAAGAUAAGCACAGGUCGCAGAUGAGAGCGACGCAUGAUUUGAGGUGGUUAGCGG